GUUUCUUUGCUAUUUACACGGAACAGGGUUAUCUUUUUAAAGCCUUUGAAUUCCGGGGUUUUGCGGCCUAGGAGCUGAAGGGGGCAUUUUUCUGGAGAUCGCGGAGGGAGUUAGAAUCCACCAGCAAGAAAUUAAGGAUGCCCCGGUGGGAAACACACAGUGGUAUUGAUGAGUAGAUCCUUGGGUUCAGAGGUUGGCUGAAACACACCAUGCCUGCUUCCAUCCUUUGCUCCGGAAAGUUGUGAAUUGCUCAUGCCUAUAGGGAGGAAGGAUGGCUCAUGGGAUUCCUUCUCAAGGCAAAGUUACCAUAACGGUGGAUGAGUACAGCUCAAACCCCACCCAGGCUUUCACGCAUUACAACAUCAACCAGAGCAGAUUCCAGCCGCCACAUGUACAUAUGGUCGACCCCAUCCCAUAUGACACUCCAAAACCAGCGGGCCACACGCGGUUUGUCUGCAUCUCAGACACGCACUCCAGAACAGAUGGUAUCCAGAUGCCUUAUGGGGACAUCCUUCUCCACACAGGCGAUUUCACCGAGCUGGGACUGCCCUCAGAGGUUAAGAAGUUUAAUGACUGGUUAGGAAACCUGCCAUAUGAAUAUAAAAUAGUGAUUGCUGGGAAUCAUGAACUGACAUUUGAUAAGGAAUUCAUGGCAGACCUUGUUAAACAGGACUACUACCGUUUCCCCUCUGUGUCCAAAUUGAAACCAGAGGACUUUGACAACGUUCAGUCCCUCCUGACAAACAGUAUUUACUUACAAGACUCGGAAGUAACAGUGAAGGGAUUCAGGAUAUACGGGGCACCUUGGACCCCGUGGUUUAAUGGAUGGGGCUUUAACCUGCCCAGAGGCCAGUCUCUGCUGGACAAGUGGAACCUCAUCCCUGAGGGCAUCGACAUCCUCAUGACACACGGACCUCCUCUAGGUUUUCGAGACUGGGUUCCAAAGGAGCUUCAAAGAGUGGGCUGCGUGGAGCUUUUAAACACCGUCCAGAGGCGAGUCCGGCCCAAGCUCCACGUUUUUGGUGGCAUCCAUGAAGGUUACGGCAUUAUGACCGACGGUUAUACAACGUACAUCAAUGCCUCAACGUGUACAGUCAGCUUUCAACCGACCAACCCGCCAAUUAUAUUUGACCUUCCAAACCCACAGGGUUCCUGAAGCUCCGAAAGCCCAAUUGGAAUGUGAGGGAAGGUCUAUAAACUGCCAUUUUUCUAAUUAUAAACUUACAUUCUCUUACUUGUUUAUUUCCAAAUCCUGUGAGUUCUUUUUGUAAAUUACUGGAACACAAAUGACGCUAGAGGUUGUGCUUCUCCUUUAUUUUAUUAUUUUUUUUUUAAAUGGGGCGUCCAUUCGAAAUGAAAGGAGCAUUGUGAAUUUGUAAAAUGACUUCCGUUUUCUCAAAGGCCACGCCAUUGUAAAUUGUUAGUAUUCGCCAAAGGACAGCCAAGCUUUCUUUUUAAAAAGGUGAUGAAAGUCUUAUUUUAAUAUGCUUUAAGCUGGAAGAAAAAGGAAAAAAAAAAAAAAAGAAAGAAAGAAAAACAGGUAGGUAGUGUUUUAAAAACCACCCAGAUUUGCACAACUGUUGAAGAGUAUUGUUUGAAGUGUUUUAUUUUUUGAUGUUUUGUUGUUGUUGUUGUUUUCUUGGUAACCCUUCUUUUUUGCAGACAUGGCCUGGAUUUAUAGCAAUCUUUUCAGCAAAAGUAGGCGUGGAAAAACUUCUCUUCACACUCUCACGAUAAAGAAAGCUGCGUCCAGGGAAGAAAACGGCCCUCGUUUAAAGGAUGGCUUAGCUCGUGAGAUCUGUACUGUGGUUAUACAAGAUCUCAUUGUUUGUUUGUUUCUUUUAAAUUAUUUUAGCUUUAAAAAUAUGGAAAUGGAAUCUGUCAAGAGCAGAUAUUUCAUACAGUUAAAAAAACAAUUGAGCGUGCAGACUCCUUUUCAGUAUGGGUUUAUAUAUAUAAAUAUUUUUUGUGUAUUAUGACUAAGUUAGGAGUUUAAUAUUGCCAAGGACAGUACAACUGCAAAGGGAUGCUUUAUAGCAGGGCAUCAGAAGUCCGAAGGGGCUGACACAUUGUCUCAGAGCUCAAGGUCUCAAAGAGCUUGAGUUAAGUCUAGGUACAGUUGCAGGCAUGUACAGACUUACGUGGAUGCAAUGGAAGGUAACUAAAAUAAGGCUUAGUCGUCCUUUAUAUUUAAAUACCCUGAAUUGUCUUCUUACUUCCUCUCCCUCCCCCCAUUUUGCACUGUGUGUCGAUGCAAUCUUCGCUAGCACAAAAUAUUGUCGCUAAUAGUCAUUUCUGUUUUCCCAUUGUAAAUGCUGUUGAGCUUUAUUCUAUUUUAUGUUAUCUUGUUAAUGAAAUUUAGGAAAGCAGUUGUUUCUUUUAAAUUUAUUGUGAUAUUCUAUAUCUAGCGGCCUUUAUAUGCAAAUAAAAUUGCAAGAUUUUUAAA